AUGUCCUACAAUCCUCCCUCAGGACCGCCUCCCCAGCAGGAUGGUGGCCCGUUCAACGACCAAAACGGCUACAAUCAGCAGUACAACCAAAAUCAGCAGUAUCAGCACUACGGCGGUUAUAAUCAGACCCAAAAUCAGGGAUACAAUCAACAAAAUCAAGGAUACAACCAGGGCUACGACCAGGAGGCACAGAGCAAUGGACCAUUUUCCGAGAAGCCAAAUCAAUCGGAGAACUUUGAUGAAGCUUUUAAGGUCACCAAGCCCAAGGUCAACGACUGGCCUUUCACACUUUUCUUCAUCGCUACAGUUGCAGGCUUUAUCGCCGUUGCAGUUAUCGUUCUUAGAGCAUUGAAGCAGACCUGGGAUUUUCAGGGUGGUUCCAUCUACGACAACGACAAUACUUUCACGGUCAACAGUAACACCAUCAUCAUGUUCGCUUUCUCCAUUGUCAUUGCAGUGGUUCUUUCGAUCUUGAUGCUUGUGUUGGCUCGUUACCAGGCCAAAUGGUUCAUUAUUCUCGGUCUUAUCAUGAAUGUUGUGCUAGGUAUUGGUACAGCCAUCUUUUACUUCGUGGAGCGUUACUGGUCAGCCGGUAUUGUCUUCUUGCUUUUCUCGCUUCUUUCUGCUUGGUGCUACUGGAGUGCUCGUCAUAGAAUUCCAUUUUCAGCUUGUGUUUUAGAGAUUUCAAUUGAUGUCAUGAGAAGAUACAAGUCGUCCUUGGCAGUCGCUUUCUUUGGUACUAUCAUCAGCGGUGCCUUCAGUGCUUUGUUUUCCGUGGUAAUUGUUGCAACCUACGUUAAGUUUAACCCCUCUGAAGACAACCCUGGUUGUGAUGUGAGCGGUGGUGGCUGUUCUCAAGGUAAAGUUAUCGGUGUCUUGGUCUUCGUCUUCUUCGCUGGUUAUUACAUCUCUGAGGUGAUCAAGAAUGUUAUCCAUGUUACAAUUGUUGGUAUCUACGGUACCUGUUACUACUUGGCUGGCUCUGAUCAGGGUGAGCCCAAGUGGCCUGCUCUUGGUGCCUUGAAGAGAGCUAUGACAUACUGUUUUGGUUCUAUUUGUUUCGGAUCGCUCACAGUGGCUAUCCUUCAGAUGCUUAGAGCUAUCAUUGAGAUUCUUAAGAGUAACGCUUUUGCCAGUGGGGACAACUGCGCAGGUUGUGGCUUCCUUAUCUUGAAUUUCGUUGUUGGUUUCAUCGAGUGGGCCUUCCGUUACUUUAACCACUACGCUUAUGUCUACGUCGGCUUGUACGGCAAGUCAUUCUUGAAGUCUGCCCGUGAGACUGUUGACUUGCUCAGAAACAAGGGUAUGACUGCUUUGAUCAACGACUGUUUCAUCAACACCUCGUUGAACUUCUGGGCCAUGUUCACCGCUUAUGUUUCAGCCUUGUUCACUUACCUUUACUUGAGACUCACUGCUCCAGCAUACAACAGCGAGGGCGCUUACUACGCCCCAAUGGUUGCUUUUACUUUCUUGAUCAGUGGUCAAAUCACCCGUGUUUCUCUCGUGGUGCUCGAGUCCGGUGUAUCUACUUUCUUCGUCGCUUUGGCCAAGGACCCCGAGGUUUUCCAGAUGACCAACAGAGACCGUUUCGACGAAAUCUUCCGCACCUAUCCACAGGUUUUGGAAAAGCUUACAGCAAACCAUUAA